GAAGUGAGUGAGGUGGGAGGAGCUACUUGCCCAAUAAAACCGGCCGGCUUGCUGGUCGACCUCACUCCACAGCUGAGCCUUCAAGUGAAGUAGCCAGAGGCCAGAAGGGGACUUAGCGUCUGAGAGGUGAGUCAAUCUGAGGGGAUUUCGUUUUCACUUUCAAAUGUCUACAGACGGUCUUGGGAAUGGAGGGAUCUAUCGAUUCAGCAGGUGCUGUCUGGGGCCAACUCAAGGCCAGGCAUGGCGUGGACACCGAGGGACAGGGGCCUCUGAUGGGAGCGGUAGGCAGGACUCGGCGGUUCAGGACCAGGUGGGAGUAAGAAUUUGAUCAUCAGGUCCGAGCUUGGCGGACUCUGAGGCGGUGCGAAGCGUGUCCCCCACGGACUUCCUCCGCCUCUUGGGUUCCGCGGUGGGUUUCCCCCCCAUGGGGGCGGGGCGGGGGCAGCGGGGAAACGCGGAGGGUUUCAGGUCUCAGCCAGCACUUCCCACUGGAUCUAUCAGAGGACCCGGAAUUGUCGUUGUAAACUCCUGUUCUAGUAGCCCCAUAAGCAAAGACUAAGGAAAGCGACCCAGGUCCGGCUGGUUGGCUUAGUGGUUAGAGCAGCUGCCCUCCCUCCCAAGGGACUCGGGUUCGAUUCCCAACACAUGGGGAAGCGUGGAAGCCUAAAGAAAAAUUAAACGCUAAUUUUCUCCUGACAGGCAGGUGUAGAUCCUUCUAACAGGGAAUCAAUUUGGGGGGGGACUGUGCAGGAGUGAGUGCACAUUCUCUUUCCUUCUGGUCUUCAAAAUCUUAGGCUGCACGCAUUUCACUGUGGCUAAGCCCCACCCCAACCAGCGUGUUGCACCUCAGAAGUUCAGGGCUUGGAGCCAUUUCUAUUGGCCCUUCGAUUGCAUCCUCCUCACCCAGCGGUCCUGGUUGCAAAUGUCUAUCCUAGAAAGAGGAGGCGUCCCGGGACCCAUGAGUCCCUCUCCCUCAAGAGAAGCUCACCGCGCCCGCCCCGCCCCUCUUACUCCCCAGGGGGCGGCCAUGGCCCAGCACUUUAAGGAAGCCGCCCGCUGCCCCGUCUGCCUCACGUACUUUGAGGACCCCGUGAACCUCAAGUGCGGCUACAUCUGCUGCCGCCGGUGCCUGCGCGCCCUGCCCAAGGAGCCGGACGGCGAGGGGGUGCGGUGCUUCAACUGCUCCAAGGUUUCUCAGACGGCCGACAUCAAGCCCAACAGAGUGCUGGGCAGGCUGGCGGCCAAGGCCAAGGCGAUGGAGCCCCAGCUGGCAUCCGUCCUGCAGAUGGACCCCAAGAUUCGCAAGUUCCACGUGGACAUGACCUUGGACGUGGACACCGCCCACAACUACCUCACCAUCUCCGAGGACCUGCAGCGGGUCCGCAUCGGGGGUCUCCCACAGGGGCGCCGAGCCCACCCUGGGAGAUUCAACGACUCCCCCUGUGUCCUGGGCUCUCCCCGCUUCACCUCCGGUCGCCACUACUGGGAGGUGGACGUGGGGAGCAGCCGGCAGUGGAGCCUGGGCCUCUGCAGGGAGUCGGCGCCCCGGCAGGGCGAGGUGGUCCUGUCCGCGGAGCUCGGCUUCUGGACCGUGAGCUGCAAGGACGGGAACCAGUUCAUCGCCGGCACCGAGCCCCCCUUGGGGCUCAUGGUCCAGCCUCGCCUGCGCCGCCUGGGCCUCUUCCUGGACGUGGAGAUGGGGACCUUCUCCUUCUACCACGUGGCCGAUGGGUCCCACGUGUUCACGUUCCCCGUCACUUCGGCUGGGGAGCCCCUGCGCCCCUUUUUCGGGCCUGCGGAUUGCACAGGGGAUGCUGAGAGCUGGCUGGCCCUCUGUCCCUGAGUCCCCGCCGGGCUUGGGGGGGGGGGGCCUCCGGGACACGGACACGGGCUACCUGCGCGCUGAGUCCCUGAAGGCCGAGCGGAAAUGAGUCACGUCGGCGGGAAACGGGCCUCCCGGUGCGGUGUGGUUCCGGUGGUGCCGUUUGGGACUGCGUAUCUGAUUAGCUAAUAAACGUGUUCUGAAUUUGCA